AUGGACGGCCGGUGGAGCCGCUUCCGCAAGGAAUUCCGAGUGCCGGAGAACUGCGUCCUCGACAAGAUCAGUGCCAAGUUCGAGAACGGACUUCUUCAUCUUGUCUUCCCCAAGUCCAUCACCAAACUUUCUCGGCCAGACGACGGCAGCAUCAGGAAACAAGGUGGGGAGGAGGAGACUGAGAAGGUUGGGAAACAAGAGAAGGAUCAGGUCAAGGAGGAUAAACCAGGGGAUGGCGAGAAGAAAGCAGCAGCUCGGGCGGCUAGCCGUGGUGUUGGAUUAAGGCUGAGGAAGAUGAAGCUUGAGAUGGGCGGACAGGAACGUGAACUGCGCGACACCAGGAAGGGGCUCAUGCUGGCUUUGGCCGUGGCUGCUGUGGUUUCAGUCGGGGUGGGAUUGUAUCUGAAUCAUAAGCUGACUUCCGCACACACAAUUAAUAUAUCGAUGCUUAUAUUUUAA